GAAAAAGCGGUAACCGGUCAUAUCUCACCCGUUACGUACACCAGCAGCCUCUAUAAAUACAAGACCCUACUCCUCCAUUUUAUUCGUCGGAGAUUUGAAUUGGAGAGGACAUAGCUUUCAUAUUCGUCGCUAAUUAUCUCUCAGCUUUGUAGUAUGGAGACCUUUCUAUUUACCUCCGAGUCUGUUAAUGAGGGUCACCCAGACAAGCUCUGUGAUCAGAUCUCCGACGCGGUGUUGGAUGCCUGCUUAGCCCAAGAUCCCGACAGCAAGGUCGCAUGUGAAACUUGCACCAAGACCAACAUGGUCAUGGUUUUUGGGGAGAUUACUACCAAGGCCGAUGUUGAUUAUGAGAAGAUUGUCCGUGAGACAUGCCGUAACAUUGGUUUUGUUUCUGCUGAUGUUGGUCUCGAUGCUGACAACUGCAAAGUUCUUGUAAACAUUGAGCAGCAAAGCCCUGAUAUUGCCCAGGGUGUUCAUGGUCACCUUACUAAGCGUCCUGAGGAGAUUGGUGCAGGUGAUCAAGGCCAUAUGUUUGGUUAUGCCACUGAUGAGACCCCUGAACUUAUGCCCCUGAGCCAUGUCCUUGCAACCAAACUUGGUGCCCGUCUAACUGAUGUUCGCAAGAAUGGUACCUGCGCCUGGUUGAGACCUGAUGGCAAGACCCAAGUCACUGUUGAGUACCUUAAUGAGAAUGGUGCCAUGGUUCCAACCCGUGUUCACACAGUUCUAAUUUCCACCCAACACGAUGAGACAGUUACUAAUGAUGAGAUUGCUGCUGACCUCAAAGAGCAUGUCAUUAAGCCUGUGAUCCCAGAGAAAUAUCUUGAUGAGAAGACCAUCUUUCACCUUAACCCUUCAGGUCGUUUUGUUAUUGGGGGCCCCCAUGGUGAUGCUGGUCUCACUGGUCGUAAGAUCAUUAUUGACACUUAUGGUGGGUGGGGAGCUCACGGAGGGGGUGCUUUUUCUGGAAAGGACCCAACUAAGGUGGACAGAAGUGGUGCGUAUAUUGUUAGACAAGCUGCCAAGAGCAUUGUAGCCAAUGGACUUGCUCGGAGAUGCAUUGUGCAGGUCUCUUACGCUAUAGGUGUUCCUGAGCCUUUGUCCGUCUUUGUUGACACCUAUGGAACUGGAAAAAUCCCAGACAGGGAAAUCCUCAAGAUAGUAAAAGAAACCUUUGACUUUAGGCCAGGGAUGAUCUCCAUUAACCUUGAUCUGAAGAGAGGUGGCAACGGAAGGUUCUUGAAGACAGCAGCCUAUGGACAUUUCGGAAGGGAUGAUCCAGACUUCACUUGGGAGGUGGUGAAGCCCCUCAAGUGGGAAAAGCCCCAAGCUUAAUUUUGUUUAUGUACUCCAUCCUGCUUGCAGUGGUUCUUUAUUGUGAUGAAUGAAUAACUUGUAUGUCCUCCA